AUGGGAGCGGCGGCGGCUGUGCCCCUGCCCGUGCCCUUGCCUGGCGCAGAGGAUGCUGAGCUCUCCAGCUAUUUCAAGGAGAAGUACUUAAAUGGUGAGCUCUUUGAAGGCAGCAGCUACGCCAAAAGCUCUCUGAGUGAAAUCGCCACCUACACGUUCAAGGGCGCGGACGGAGAAACGCAGGUGUGGCAGCACGCGUUCGACCUGCGGGCGUUUGGCAAUGAAGGUGAGGACCUCAUUAUCCUCUACCAUUACACCAAUGAGCUCGGCUUCAGGAAUGUCGGCGACCUGAAGCAGUCCGCAGCCCAGCUCUUUGCCUCGCUGGCAGACGACCGGGCCCAUUUCGGGCAAGGGGUCUACACCACGCAGCAUGAGCCCGCCGUGUGUGGUAUGCGCGUUCGGAUCCUUUUGAACAACUACAGCAACGAAGACCCGCUGCGACCAGACACCAACGAUGCGGAGUCCCAGCGCGUCGACAGAGAGUGGGGCAGUGGCAAGGCCGACGGUCACCGCGCAGCGUUCUGCGUUCCACUUAUCGUUCCCAAAUCCAUCGCAUACAACAUCUUCGAGAGGCAGACGCCAGACAUGGCCAAGCGCAACUUGUCGCUGGGAGAAGACUACAAGGGCCGCGCGGUCCACGGGAACCGGGAUGUGUGGGUGGUGAGAUUGGCCGACGAGCGCGGCUCGGCGCACGACGCGGUGGCCGAAGCGGACGCAGUGCUGAAGCUUCUCCGCCUGCGACUGGAGAAGCUGCGCCUGGAGCUGGGCGACGACCACGCGUCCACGCUGGGCUGCAUGUCUGAGCUGGUUGCGGACAGGUCUGCAAGUGUUCUCUCCAGAGCUUUUCAGAGUCCUCGUGCACGGCGCGGCCAUGAUACCUGGCUGCUGAAAAUUUGA